UCUAUAAAAAUAGUACGUUAAGGGCAGCGCUGAGUUUGUGAGGAGAAUGCACAUGAAUCACCAUACUGCUGUGCUGUGAGAAGCAGAAAAAGAUCGUCAUCACUAACGUUACGCACAGGCUGUGGCUUGUAUUCCAGCGGAAAGUAAUAGCUGGCGUGGACAGGGAGGGCGGACAUCUCGAGGGCAGAGCGGCAGACAGAAGUCAGUUUACACCCAGUGUACAUGACAAGAGAAAUGUUACGGUUCGUUUCAUUUUUAUCUUGACCCGGGCGGAAUAUACGAAUAAUGGACGUAUGAAAACCUACACUACCCCAAACAGCGCUUUCGCUUUUAAUUUAAUGCAGAAAAAUAUUUAACACUCCUUUCUUUUGACGGGACACACCAACAAUCUCGUUGAGGUUGACCGACAUCCAUCAGCCCACUUCACACAAAUGCUACCCUGCUUGCGAAGCGCCCUGCGGCCGAGCGUCGCGCUGCUACGGCGCGUCAGUGGCUCGGUCCCGCGGGUGCACGGCUGCGGUCUGGGCACACAUCCGCACAAGGAUCCGAUGGAGCCGCUGAACUCUCCGCAAGGCGCUAGGGAAUUCAUCUACAGCCUGCAUCCCACUGAACGCACAUGCCUGCUGCGAGAACUGCACAGGUUUGAGUCGAUGGCCAUAGCUCAAGAGCAAUUUGAGAUGGCACCCCCGACGACUGCACAGCUGAGAUACGUUUUGCUCCAUAAUGCCAUUCCAUUUGUUGGGUUUGGCUUCCUGGAUAACGCCAUCAUGAUAGUCGCAGGCACCCAGAUUGAAUUAUCCAUAGGAGUCAUACUGGGGAUCUCGACCAUGGCCGCUGCUGCCCUUGGAAACCUGGUCUCGGACUUGGCUGGACUCGGUCUUGCAGGUUACGUGGAAGCGCUGGCCUGUAGGCUGGGUAUGCAGAUUCCUGAUCUGAGUCCCAAACAGGCGGACAUGUGGCAGACCAGAGUCAGUUCUCACAGCGGUAAAGCCAUCGGUGUGUUCAUCGGCUGUGUACUAGGCAUGUUUCCUUUACUCUUCUUCAAAGAUGACGACGAGAAAAAGAAAGAAGGAAAAAAAGGUCAGACGGCUUCCAAGGACACCAAAAGCGCGUGAUGAGCCUCUGUGUCGGAAAUCUCACGUAAAGACGGACUAAACUGAAGAACGAACCGAUCGCAUUUAGACUCUCGUGCCAGUGGCUGCAGAAGAUUAAACUAACCAUCUGACAGCAAGUGCAUGAGUUUUUAAUCUUUUAAUUGUGUUGAACCCCCCGCAGCGAUGCACAUAUGAAACCGGAGUAUCUACCUGCUUUCUAGUGGCUUUGUUGUUUUUAUUGUGAUGAAUAGUUUUAUUUCAGUCUUAUUAGAAGUGUGGUGUUAGGAGACCCCUGUAUCAAUAGUAUGAAUAUAUUACGCCAAAUUUUCCUAAAAAUCCUAAAUGAGUGGGAAUGAAUACUAAGGUAUUUCUACAGAAGUUCUUUAUAUAACACUACGCUGAUUUUAAAAUGAAGUUUGUUGUCAUUGUUCCAGUAUGUUACACGGAACCGAAGUCAAAUUAAAGUAACCGCAUACACGCACAAUAUUGUAUUUCAGAGCAAGCAAACAAAAAAAUGGAUCAAGUUCUUGUCUAGAAGUUAUUUUAUUUGAGUGUUGGUGUGGCUGCUGUUAUUGUCUUUAAUCAACUCAACCCCCACAACAUAACACUUAGCUUGGAAAUUAGAAACGAUGAUUCCUCUUCCUGCCACCAGUUGGCGGUAUUGAGUCAUUUUGUAGAAUUACCACUGGGGUAUAUGUUGAAAAAAAGAGUUUAAUGUUUUAAUGUUCGGACAGGAUUUUUAUUCAAAAUUCAUUUGUUUGCUGUAUUGUUAUGUGCCUUAAUGGAUGUGCAGUCAAUUGUUGCCAUGGGUGCAUUUGGAAAUCUGAAUGCUCUCAUUUGUAAACUAAUGCUUAAUGAUUGGCUUGGGGUUACUCUGAUGUAUCUGACCCGUAACUCACAUUUUAACCUAUUAACCUAAACACAGGACAUAACAGCUGCUUUGAAAUCGCCAACGUCAUCAUCUCGAUUACAUAACCAUUUUUGCAACAAUUCUUGCACAGACAUUUUGUCAUGCUAUGUAUACAUAUAUGUUUGUUGUGUUGUCCGUGUUGUUGAUUUUGUUUUUUUUAAAUACUUUGUCAAGUCUGCAAAAUUAACACUUCGUCAUGAAAGAACAUUUAAAACUCAUUUAACUUUUGUAAUGUGGAAAGCAAGAUACAGAAUGAGAUGAAGGUGGGAUUUUAUUCAGCAGGAAGUAGUGGGAUUGUGUGAAGGUUCUUUUUAUGACCGGUGGUUUGAGUUUGGGUUUAAAAAACAAAAAAAGCUUGCCAACUUCUAAGAAUAUAAAGGAAUUUGAUCAAAGAAUACGGUAAAGAUUUCAUAAAUAAUAACAUUGUGCACUGUUGAGUUGUUCACAGUAAGACAAUGUUUUCAAUGCAGCCAAAAUAAUUGAUUUUGAUUUCACGUUGAUUUGAAGAAUGUCCAGAACAAAGAUACAUUUACAUACAUUUACAUUUAGGCAUUUGGCAGACGCUUUUAUCCAAAGCGACUUACAUUGCUUUAUCCUAUACAUUUUACAUAGGCAUUUGCAAUCCCCUGGGAUCUAACCCACAACCUUGCGUUGUUAACGCAAUGCUCUUACCACUGAGCUACAGGAAGCUAAGAUUUAGUCUUUUUAUUAAAUUAAGUUUUUAAGAGUUCCGUUUUAAUUCUGCAUUGUUGUCUAUUAUGAGUUAAGAAAGAUGAAUGUCUUGACCGAGCAUUCUGAUACUUCACAGCCUCUAUGAGCACAGCUGACUGAAUCUUUUGUAAGAUUGCGCAACACAGUAACCAUGGCAACUGUCCGUCUCUUCAUUGGAGAGCCACACUACUGAGCUGGGUGGUAGCACCAGGCUGGUCUAAAAAUAACCUUAUUUUUAAAUAAUUUAAGGGUUGGAGAUAAAGGAAGCACAAACACUUUUUGCUCUCAGACGAGCUAAAGCUAGCAUGACAAACUGUUGUGCAUGUGUGUCUUUCUCAUUUGUCAAAUCAAAGAUCAAUGAGAUUAUAUCUAACCACAUAAUAGAGAUUUUGACAAGUACUGGAAUAUUUAAUGUAUAAUAUGUGGUUCAAAUCACACAGUCAGCUUUGUCCUGUAAUGACAUAACAGUGAUGUUCACUUGAAACGUAACAUUGAAACUAUGCAUCGAGAUGAAUUGAAGGAGACGUUUUAAACCUGCAUGCAUCUAAAAUGAUUUAUUUAUAUGUUAUAAUGAUAUUAUAAGUAGUCAUAUGUCAAUCAUUGUUUGGAUUUUUGUUAGAUAAAAUUUGUUUAUUGUUCAAUCUUAUUUGCAUGUUGUUAUGGGAACUUUAUGUUGCACUGAAUAAAUCAGCAUCAUGUCCAUAAAAAGAUGAAAAAUCA